CUCUCUCUCUCUCUCUCUCUCUCUCUCUACAAAACUAUAAAUUUAAUUCUCAGACAUGUAAAGGGUAUCAUUGUAAACAUGGGUUCUUGCGUUUGGGGGAAUAAGAACUCUCAAUUAGUUCAAUCACCCAUUAAGAAAAACACACUCAACACUGAACAAAUCCAGCCUCAAUCCUCUUCUCUGGCCAAUGUUUCAACUUUUGGAGACUUGGGGAGUAAAGAGAAGUUUUUCGAUUCUCAACUCUGGUUAGAAUCCGACUCUGAGGAUUUCUUCAGCAUUAAUGGUGAUUUUACCCCAUGUUGGGGCAACACGCCCAUCCAUCAAAGCAGCUUCAUACAAACAUCUCAGCCUGGUUCCUCUAUAUCCGAACUUUCUCCAACCGAUAAUGUGAAGAAACUGGCUGACCUUUUCAGCAAGAGCUUCAACGAGAACCAAGUCGAUGAAUAUCAAAAUUUACAAGAAAGUAAGACUAUUACUUCUGAUCAAAAGCCAGAAGGUAAACAUACAAUACCAAUAAAUGAGAGCACUCAAAUUUCUGAAGCAAUUUCUGAUUUCAGUAAUGAAAUGGCUCGGGGAAGAGUUCACAAAUCUGAGAAACAGAAAUUGUCGAGGUCAGAAUCAUGUUGCCUACCUAGUUUGGCUCGAAACCUGAGCUUCUGUGAGAGGAAGAAGAGGUUGAGCCCUAAUAGUAUUGGAAGAUAAGCCAAGAUUUUCAUCAUCCAUCUCGUUUGUUGGAAGUUUCACAUCUGAAUUGGCAUGAUCACGUAUUGUAUCAUUUGCAAAGUUACUUGUCAUUUCUCUAGCACGGUAUCAGAGCGAUUUGUGAAUUUGGUUGGGGAAUGAUCUCACAUAUGAAACGAAGGAGUUAAAUAUUUGUUUGAUCAAUGUCUAAAAUUGUGUUUGGUUGGGGGAUUUGAAAAAA